AUGGCCAGCGAAACCGUUUAUUUAAAAAACUUAAAUGAAAGGAUCAAGAUAGAUCGUUUGAAAACAGAGCUGCAACAUCGGUGCGCCAAAUAUGGUACAGUUUUAACAAUUGUUGCACGCAACACACUGCGCACGCGCGGCCAGGCAUUUGUCGUAUUUUCAAGCGCAGAAGAAGCUGCCAUUGCAGUCAAGGCUCUUCACAAAGGGGCACUUUUUGGCAAGCGUAUGAUAGCUGUGUUAUCACGCUCGCGCAGUUUUGCUGCAGCUGACGCGCUUGAUCCUACGGGUGCUGAAGAAUACAAAGCAUCUGUACGCGAAAAACGAGCCAAACGCAAGGAAGAAGAAGAACAAGAAAGGAAACAGGCAAAGCAUGCUGCAGAAGGCGCAGAAGGCCCACUGUCGAAACGGAGGCGAACAGAGGAAACUGCAGGAGGCCGGCGGGGUGGUGCCGGUGGAGGCGGGAAAGAACGAAGCAUGCCUCCAAACAAGAUUCUGUUUUUGCAAGAGCUGCCACCAGGUGUGCAGGCCGCGCCGUUGGAGGCUGUUUACGACAAAUAUCCUGGCUUUUUGGAGGUUCGUUUGAUGGCUGUGCGACGAUUAGGCUUUGUGGAGUUUGAUACGGAAGAGCAUGCUGUGGUUGCACGCGAAGGCACACGCAGUUUGGUGCUUGAAGGGUAUCCAGUCAAGGUUACAUAUGCAAAGAAGUGA